GACUCUGACAGACCCAAAUCGAGUAAAUGCCCAGAAUCUUCACACAGAAGUGGCCACUACUUUCUCAGCCUAUGGGACCUGAUUAUGGGCUUUUCGAUGUAAAUCGUCAGACAACACACACAGAGGACAGCUCUGCCUUGCUAGCAAUUCUCCAAUGGAAUGAAAACACUUUGCAGAUGGUCCACCAUCAGUUGAACAUGGAAGAGUUUGUAGCUGCGAUGAUGAACCAACUGAGCCCAGAUGAACACAGGAAAAUUUCCUUCCCAGCUUUCCUGAGGUGUCACCUGCAGCUCGUGGGUGAAAUCAGGAAGGAAGAAAGAGACCUUUUGGGGAAGUCAGACACCUUCUGUCAAAGGAAGAAUCGGAGAGACAGAGUUGCUUCCUGGCCCAGGGACAGUGACAACCAUUGGGAAGCCUUUUCAGCAUCCAGGGUGAGCUGGGAACACAACUCUGCAGGCAAGGAGCCCCAGAUCUCGGAUACACAGAGCCCACUGGCCCCCCAGAAGCUGUUGGAACCCCAUACAUGUGCCCCCCAUCCGGAGACCCUGCAUUUUGGCCACUCCGUGGAAGGAAGCCACCUACAGCCAGUCAGCACGCUCCAUCUGGCAGCCCUGGCGUCACUCAAGGGAGACAUAGAGGAACUGAAUAAGCGUCUGCAGCAAACGGAGCGAGAACGGGACCUUCUAGAAAAGAAAUUGGCCAAGGCCCAGUGUGAGCGCUCUCACCUCAUGAGAGAACACGAGGAUGCCCAGGAGCGGACGGCGUUGCGCUACGAGGAGCGCGUCACGGAGCUCCACAGCAUCAUCGCCGAGCUCAACAAGAAGAUCGACCGCCUGCAGAGCGCCACCAUCAGGGAGGAAGAUGAGUAUUCAGAAUUGAGGUCGGAGCUCAGCCAGAGCCAGCAUGAGGUUAACGAGGACUCGCGAAGCCUGGACCAAGACCAGACCUCGGUCUCCAUCCCGGAGAACCAGUCCACCGUGGUCACUGCCGACGUGGAUAACUGCAGCGACUUGAUCGAGCUGCAGAGGGUGCUGACGGGGCUGGAGAGCGUGGUGUGCGGCAGGAAGAAGAGCAGCUGCAGCCUGUCGGUGGCCGACGUGGACCGCCACAUCGAGCGGCUCACCACGGCCAGCGAGCACUGCGACCUGGCCAUUAAGACAGUGGAGGAGAUUGAGGGAGUGUUGGGCCGGGACCUCUACCCCAACCUGGCAGAAGAGCGAUGUCGGUGGGAGAAGGAGCUGGCCGGGUUGAGGGAAGAGAACGAGAGUCUGACCGCCAUGUUGUGCAGCAAAGAGGAGGAGCUGAACCGGACUAAGGCCACCAUGAAUGCCAUCCGUGAGGAGCGGGACCGGCUCCGGAGGAGGGUUCGAGAGCUCCAGACACGUCUGCAGAGCGUGCAGGCCACCGGUCCCUCCAGCCCGGGGCGUCUCACGGCCACCAACCGCCCAGUCAACCCCAGCACGGGGGAGCUGAGUACCAGCAGCAGCAGCAAUGACAUCCCCAUCGCCAAGAUUGCCGAGAGGGUGAAGCUGUCAAAGACGAGGUCGGAGUCUUCAUCCUCUGAUCGGCCGGUUCUGGGCUCGGAAAUCAGCAGUAUUGGGGUAUCCAGCAGCGUGGCGGAACACCUGGCCCACUCACUUCAGGACUGCUCCAACAUCCAAGAGAUUUUCCAGACCCUCUACUCACACGGAUCUGCCAUCUCUGAAAGCAAGAUUCGAGAGUUUGAGGUGGAGACGGAGCGGCUGAACAGCCGCAUCGAGCACCUGAAGUCCCAGAACGACCUCCUGACCAUCACGCUGGAGGAGUGCAAGAGCAGCGCGGAGAAGAUGAGCAUGCUGGUGGGCAAGUACGAGUCCAACGCCACGGCGCUGCGGCUGGCCCUGCAGUACAGCGAGCAGUGCAUAGAGGCGUACGAACUCCUCCUGGCGCUGGCAGAGAGCGAGCAGAGCCUCAUCCUGGGGCAGUUCCGGGCAGCCGGCGUGGGCUCCUCUCCUGGGGACGCGUCCGGAGGGGAGAGCGUCACGCACAUGCUCCAGCGUGCCCACGACUGCCGGAAGUCGGCGGAGAACGCCACCAAGGCCCUGCUGCUCAAGCUGGAUGGCAGCUGCGCCGGCGCCUUUGCCGUGGCUGGCUGCGGUGGGCAGCCCUGGGAGAGCCUGUCCUCCAACAGCCACACCAGCACGACCAGCUCCACGGCCAGCAGCUGUGACACGGAGUUCACCAAGGAGGACGAGCAGCGGCUGCGGGGCUACAUCCAGCAGCUGAAGAGCGACCGCGCGGCCGUGAAGCUCACCAUGCUGGAGCUGGAGAGCAUCCACAUCGACCCGCUCAGCUACGACGUGAAGCCGCGCGGGGACAGCCAGCGCCUCGACCUGGAGAACGCCGUGCUCAUGCAGGAGCUCAUGGCCAUGAAGGAGGAGAUGGCGGAGCUGAAGGCGCAGCUGUACCUGCUGGAGAAGGAGAAGAAGGCGCUGGAGCUGAAGCUGAGCACGCGGGAGGCGCAGGAGCAGGCGUACCUGGUGCACAUCGAGCACCUCAAGGCGGAGGUGGAGGAGCAGGAGGAGCAGCGCCUGCGCUCGCUCAGCCCCACCGGCGGGGGCAAGGACAAGCCCGGCAAGGAGUGCACCGACACCGCCUCGCCCGCCCCAUCGCUCGCCGAGCUGAGGACGCCGGGCAGCGAGAGUGAGCUGGCAGCCGAGUUCGCCAACGCCGUCCGGCGAGAGAAGAAGCUGAAGGCGCGGGUGCAGGAGCUGGUGAGCGCGCUGGAAAGGCUCACCAAGAGCAGCGAGACCCGGCACCAGCAGUCGGCGGAGUUCGUCAACGACCUCAAGCGGGCCAACAGCAACCUGGUGGCCGCCUACGAGAAGGCCAAGAAGAAGCACCAGAACAAGCUCAAGAAGCUGGAGUCCCAGAUGAUGGCCAUGGUGGAGAGGCACGAGACCCAAGUGCGCAUGCUCAAGCAGAGGAUCGCGCUGCUGGAGGAGGAGAACUCGAGGCCGCACACCAACGAGACCUCGCUCUAGUGCGGCGGGGGAGCCUGCGCCCUCUCCACCUCCCAUGCCUCAGCAGAACCC